GCGGAGGUGGGUGUGGUGGGGCGGGCGCUGGGCGGCGCGCUCCGUGAUGGGCCGCAGCGACGCGCGCGCACUGUCUGCUUGCUCGCGUCCCGACGCGCACGACACGCGCUCCCCACGCGCCCCUACGCAUGAAGACUGAGGACCAAACCACAGAGGAGGCGGCGCGCCGCCCGCCUGCAACGCGCCGCCAAGAGAAACCACCCUUCUCCUACAUAGCCCUUAUAGUCAUGGCGAUCCGACAUUCGCCUAAUAAACGACUCACGCUCAGCGAAAUCUACGCUUUUCUUCAGCAGCAGUUCCCCUUCUUUCGUAGCUCUUACCAGGGCUGGAAGAACUCUGUGAGACACAAUCUGAGCCUGAAUGAAUGCUUUGUCAAAUUGCCGAAAGGCUUGGGGCGGCCCGGAAAGGGUCACUAUUGGACCAUCGAUCCUUCCUCCGAGUUUAUGUUCGAGGAAGGUUCGUUUAGAAGACGUCCGCGCGGCUUUCGUCGUAAAUGUCAAGCGUUAAAGCCACAAUUUGGAAGUGGCGGUUAUUUGUGCGGCGGCGGGAUGCCCACGCUGCCGCCGUCACAGCCCACCGGCUAUGAGCUUGCGGGCAGCAGCAGUUCCGGAGCGAGCAGUGGCCCAGCUAUAGAUUACGGUGCAUGUGCGUAUUCACACGCAGGCUCUACAAGCCAACAAUUGGGCUACGGCAGUGAAUACUGUACGUAUGGUACAAUGAGUGAGCGGGAGUGGCCUCUAGCCUAUGGUGCCGUGGAGCCUGGAUACCGGCCGCCGCCAACUUCACCUCCACCUCCUCAUCACGAUUUGCCUGACAUCAUACCGAAUUAUCAAUAUGCUGUCGCCAAUGAGCACGGUUCAACGCCAAUGUUCGGGAUGCGCAGCGUGCAUGGUCAGAUGCUUUCCGGAGGCUCGUCUAUCAGUGGCCUCGGCAGCUUCAGUCUAUCCUCGCCGCUGCCAACGCUUCCACCAGACCGCAAGAUGUACUCCACGCCGCCACCGACCCCGCUGCCUGCACUCCCGUCGCCGGCAUCCGUCACUUCCACACCUGCACCACCAUCCACUUCCACGACUGUGCAUUAUUAUAAUUAAACGCCAUUUUUGUACGCGACGGCUUAUUAAGCGCCCUUUUGUACGCGAGACCAAAUUUUCUUGCAAAAUUCAAGUGAAUUCAAAUUCACUGUGAUAGUUUCAGAGAAUUCAAUGAUCUACCUGCAGAUAGUUAAUUGUAUUGACGUCAAUAAAUAAUGUGUUGUCACACCCACUCCAAUCAUAUUUAGCUUCAUCUUACGUUACGUCCAUCGUAAUUACAUUUAGGACGGUAAUAUAAAAAAGAAAUUUUUAGAAAAAAUUGGAGAUUUAAGAUUUUUUGGCGUGGUAAUUUAUAAUUAUCUCGGUAAACUUCAGUUUAUCAGUGCUUUGUUGAACUAUGUAAAACAUAAAACAAAAUAUUACGGGUCGCUUGUAUAUCAAUACAUACAUCGUAACGAACACAAAAAAAUGCAAAGACGUUGUUAGUCUUAUCUAAAAACAAAUACAAAACAUGCCAUUUCACUGUUCUAUGAAAAUGUUUUAUUAUAAAAUAUUUUAAAAUUCAGUAAUGACUAGUGGGUACAAAAACUACCAAAAUAUUUCUUUAAAAAAAUGUUGUGACACGAAAUUUAUUUUAUGUAACAUUACUACUCAACUUUUAGACUGUUAGACAGAUCUUUGAAUUAGGUACAGGCGAUAAAACAAAUAAUGGAGACAGUUUUAAACUUUACUUAACUUUUAACUUUAAUUUUUUCAACUAUAAAGCGUUCUUUGGAAUAACAUGAUUCUUACACUUGAAAAUAUAGUUUCAAAUGUAUUUUCAGAUAUACAGAACAUUCUUUUCAACUGUCAUCACGUUUCAAAAGAACUUAUUUUCAGUGCUGUCGAAUACUCUACUGAAAAUAACGUGUUUCGCUGUAGCUGUAAAAAUCCCAUCACAAAAUAACCAAAAAGAAAUAUAAUAAUAUAAGAACGUGAGAAAAUCAGUUGAUUUAUUAGUGAAAUACGUAAUUAGGGUAAGUCAUGAAAAUAGCUGUAAACAUUGUUGAUUCAAUGAAUUACAAGAUAAAUAGAUGUAUACAAAAACUAGACGCAAACCUUCUUAGUAAAUCUAAAAGAUAUUAAACAAUGUACAAACAGAGAAGCGACGGUUAUCACAUUACAAUACCGCCUUACCUAGGUUUCAUACUUCAGUGGCCUUACCAUGCAUUCGUCAGAUUUCCUAUCAAACUGAAUAUAAACUUAGUAUAUUACCAUCAAUGUGCUACAAAUUUCGCACGAGUAGUUACACCGAACGUCUGUCUGUAACUAAAAAUUUGUAUGGAGUUGGAAGAGCUUCCCAUCGUUUGCCGCUAGGGGCGCUGUUCCAACUCCAUACAAAUUUGAGUUAACUUUCACGCGAUCGAGAAGGUAAAAACUCGCACUAAGCACACAACAAUUAGUUAUAACACAGCAGACCGGGACCGAGUUUCACUAGUAUCUAAUAAAAAUGUAGAGCCCAAAAAGGGCAUUCUAUUAAUUUCACUGCACUGCAUGCACUGUGCACAUUAUAUUACAAUUACGUGCGGUGUCAAGUAUUAGACUUUGAUUUUACAUCGCGUAUCAAAUGUUUUUUUUUAUUUAGUAGUAAGUCGAUAAGUAUUAAUACAUAUUUCUGUAACAAUAAUAGUGUUCUAUUUAUCAUUUCGUGAAUUAUUCUCUUGUACCCUGUAUCAUAUAAUUUUAUUUUAUCGUGAAAGUAUCUCUAUAAAUACCACUUUUAUUUAAAUACGGUUAUACUUAGUUUGCUUCGGUCUUGUAAUAAAAUUAGCACAUUAUAUUAUAUCCAUGAAUAGUAUUCAUAUAUGAAAGUAAAGUUGCUACGUACUUCAUGUCUAUUUUUAGAGGAAAAUUUAGUGAAAAAUAAAGUAUGUUAUGUAGUAAAUAAAUCGAUGCUUGAAACAAAAGUCUAGUACAUUAUUUAAUAAAUAAAUAUAUGUACGUCAAUACGACUUUUAGUUAAAUUUAGAGAAAUAUUAUCGAAAACAGUGAACGACAACCUUUAGAUUUAUAAUUUACAUUACAUUAUAUUAUAUUAUAGCAAUGAAUAAUUUUGAAAUUAUUGGAUAUUAGUUUUAAGAUGUUUUUUAAUAAAUAUAAUAAUAAUACAA